UGUAAACAUUACACAGAAAUACGAGUUUUGAUUGAACUUUGGCUCAGAGUUGACGCCUCCAGAGAGCGGAUCCGUUGGAUGUGUUGAUUGCAGUCUUCAAGACAACCGACAAGAAGAAAAUGGAGGAAAAUAGUGAUAAAUUGGAGAAAGCGAUCAAAAGUUUGGAUUUGUUUAAGGAUUUGUUGAGCAAAAGUGAUUCACAGACGCGACAAAUGUCCCAAAUAUUAGACAACUUUUCGCAAAGACUCUCACAAUUGGAGACAACUAUUCAACCCGUCUAUAGAGAGACCGGAAAUCUUCAGACAAUUCAACUCAAUAUUGUCUCAACUCUUGAACGACUCGAUUAUGUCAUCAAAUUUUAUACAGUGGCUAACGAAGUGGAGACCGUCAUCACCACCGGACCCAACCAUUCGCUCGACACUUAUCUCAAGAACUUGGAUCGACUUAAAGAGGCCAUCGAUUACUUCGAGCUCAACAAUCCCGAGAGUCCGGAACUAAUGAAUGUGAGUGCAUUGUAUGAAAAGGGAGGCAAUUGUAUCGAAAGAGAGUUCCGGCAGUUGUUGUCCAGACAUAGUGUAGCCGUUCCUCCGAUUCUUAUAUAUGAUUUGGUUCACGAAGAGGACAAUCAGGACUCCGGAGAGGCGGACAAAACUAUUUUGGAACAAUUGCCUGAGAAAGCGAAGGACGAGUUGAGACAAUUGGCUGAAUGGCUGUGUAUUAAUCGCAACGACGACUUCAUCACAGUUUACGCUAAUCUUCGCUCUGAAGUGUUGCUGAAGUCAUUGCAAGGACUAAGAGAUCACCAGAAGUCGUGUAGCGGUGGGACACAAGUGAGUGGCCAGACAUUGGGUCACAGCUCGCCAGCGAUGGGCCGCAAGACUCUUACCGCACAGAUGAAAGAGUCGAGUGCUGUUCGGCGCACACCUAAGAGUAUACAACAGGCGUUAAUGAAGAAACUUCAAGACGUAAUACCCGGCGAUGUUUUGGGCAAUAAAUCCAAUCAAAUGAUUAUUGAAGGCAAAGACGAGCUGUCGAUAAGUGAGCGCGAAAUUGUCGGAUACUUGACUUGUGUGACAGCACUCUAUAAACUAAUGCAAAGCGAACUCAAACUCAUGAAUGGUAUCAUUCGUUUGGAACAUCAAAGACCUAUAUUUAGUCGUUUAGUGUAUCCAUCGCUCGAGAGUGUUGUCGGAGAGGGAGAACUGUUGGCCAAUAGGGUUAAGAAGUGUAUCGCACGUCAAGACUUCUCAUCGGCUCUCUGUCUGUUCCCUAUUCUUAGACAUCAGGCGUCGAUGAGACACAACUUUGACCUUCUUUUCGACGGAUGUAAUCUUGAAGUGCAGUCCAAGUUUCAGGGAUUAGUGGUCGCACUUCAGACCACUAUUUCCCGAUCUCUCGAAGAGUUUCUUGAAUACAUCAAAAGUGAUGUUCACACCAAAGUACCAAAGGAUGGAACCGUUCACGAGCUCACCAGUAAUGUCAUGAUAUUUGUCGUUCAAUUACUCCAAUAUUUAGAUAUUCUGUCGCGCGUUAUAACCGUAAUAGACAUCCAAUCACUUGAGAAUAGUUCCGAUAAGAAUAGACUGGCAUUCGCUCAGUAUAUCACACGAGUUCUCUCAGCACUCGGUCUUACACUUCAAAACAAGAGCGAAGUUUAUAGCGAUUCUCAUUUGAAAGCUAUUUUCAAACUAAAUAAUGUUCACUAUAUUCUUAAGACUCUAAGGAAAUCUUCUCUUCUAAAUAUUGUUCACAUGUAUAACCGAGAGAUAGAGUCCGUAUACGAGGAACAGAUGUUGGACUCGAAGAGAAUCUAUUCUCAGAGUUGGAGUCGAGUUCUCCACUAUGUGUUGGAAAUGGAUAAACCAUUUUCACAACAAAGGACUUUACCUGAAAUGAAUAAUAUGGCGAAUAUGAAGCUCAAAGACAAAGACCGCCAGAAUAUUAAGGACAAGUUCGCUGGUUUUAAUAAAGAAAUCGAAGAAAUACAUAGAAUUCAGAUGUCUUUCGCUAUUCCAGACUUAGAACUGCGAGAAUCCUUGAAACAAGAAAAUAAAGAUUAUAUUAUUCCUAAAUAUAAAUUAUUUUUUGAAAAAUACGUUAACAUGAAUUUUACAAAGAAUAUCGACAAAUACAUCAAAUAUACACCCGAAAGGGUUGCCUUAAUAAUCGAUUCAUUCUUUGAUUCCGCGGCCUAACCCUUACAGCACAUCAUUAGUUGUUUUAAUUUAAUAUUUUGAAAGUUUUUUUGGUUUUAUGUAUUAAAUAAUUGUGUUUUUACAGAAAAGGGGUUAUUUUAUAUGAAUUCAAUGUAAAACAAAUUAACAAUAAUUUGGGCUAAAUAUUAAUAUUGUAUUAAAAUUAAUAUACUUUAUAAUAAAAAUAUUUAAUAUUUGUACCGGUCA